UUUCACCGCGGCCGCUGCAGCAGAUCCUCCGGGGAGCGGACGGUACGACCCGGCGGAGCUACGGUCCUCCCGCCGCCACACGAAGCUCACCUCCGGGUGUGUGGUUCUGUCUGGACGGAAGCUCCGGGUGCAGGAGGGAUCAGUGACCGUGGAGGAGGAGACACGCUCGGUCCCAGCCUGGCGCAGUCGGUGCGCUGACCGCUGUCAGAGGAGCAGAAUGCCGCAGUCACAUUCCUGAUCCCGACGCUCCAGCGGCUCCACAUCUGUGUCUGGGUGAGAUCCAGCCCGGGGGACCACGGCAGUGAAAGCCCGCUCGUCGAGCCGGAGCGCCGGGAGAAUGCAGCAGAGCGGCUGCCUGGCUGCAGGUGGAUGGUCCCAGCUGCUGCUGCAGGUCCGGCUCCAGCUCUGAGCUCCGGCUGAAACCCACCGCACCGGCGGAACCACACGAGUAAAGCCGAGCCAUGCUGCCCGGGGUCGGCGUGUUCGGCACCAGCCUGACCGCCAGAGUGAUCAUCCCGCUGCUGAAGAACGAGGGCUUCGCCGUCAAGGCGCUGUGGGGCCGGACGCAGGAGGAGGCGGAGGAGCUGGCCAAGGAGAUGAACGUGCCCUUCUACACCAACCGGAUCGACGACGUGCUGCUGCACCAGGACGUGGACCUGGUGUGCAUCAACCUGCCGCCGCCGCUGACCCGACAGAUCGCGGUGAAAACCCUGGGUAUUGGAAAGAACGUCAUCUGCGACAGGACCGCCACGCCUCUGGAUGCCUUCAGAAUGAUGUCAGCUGCCCAGUACUACCCCAAGUUAUUGAGCAUUAUGGGAAAUGUUCUGCGUUUCUUGCCAGCCUUCGUCCGUAUGAAGGAACUCUUGGAAGAAGGAUACAUUGGGGAGCUUCUGGUCUGUGAGGCCCAGGUCCACAGUGGUAGUCUCCUGGGGAAGAAAUACAACUGGAGCUGCGAUGAUCUGAUGGGAGGUGGCGGCCUGCACUCUGUGGGCAGCUACAUCAUCGACCUGCUUACAUUUCUGACGGGCCAGCGCGCGGCCAAAGUCCACGGCUUCCUAAAGACCUUCGUAAAACAGACGGACCACAUCCAGGGCAUCCGUCAGAUCACCAGCGAUGACUUCUGCACAUUCCAGAUGGUUCUGGAGGGAGGCGCCUGCUGUACGGUCACGCUCAACUUUAACGUGCCCGGAGAGUUCCGUCAGGAGGUAAUCGUCGUGGGUACAGUCGGGCGCUUAACGGUCACAGGGACCGACCUGUAUGGACAGAAGAACAGCGUGGGCGAAGGGAGCGGUGGUGGCCCCGAGCUGCUGCUCAAAGACACCACACCUCUUGAGAAUUCUUCUUUGCCGGAGAAGGCCUUCAGUGACAUUCCCUCACCGUAUCUCACUGGGACGAUCCGCAUGAUCCAGGCCGUGCGGCAGGCCUUUCACGACCAGGAUGACCGGCGGACGUGGGACGGGAGGCCUCUGACAAUGGCUGCCACCUUUGAGGACUGCCUGUACGCCCUUUGUGUGGUGGACACCAUCAAGAAAUCCAACCAGUGUGGAGAGUGGCAGAACAUUGAGGUGAUGACGGAAGAACCAGAGGUCAGCCCGGCAUAUUUAAUCAGCGAAGCAAUGCGGCGGAGUAGGAUGUCUCUCUACUGUUAGCAUCUAGCUGAUGUGCUAAUGUAGUAAAGAUGUCUGACCGCCUGUGUUAUACUGUGUUAUCUUAAAAACUGGAGGUGGUGCUAGAGGGGGCUUGAUAUUGUUGGAACCUUUUCAUACAGCUCGCGGAGUAUUUUUUUUUUUUUUUUUUUUUUUUUUUUAAACUGUCAUGUCUGUAUUGUUGCUGUGACAGACCCAGAGGUUACACAGAGAGUUAUGGCCUCCUGUCACCCUGCCUCUGCAGGAGAGGGAAAGCAAUGUGAUUAUUAAUUAAACCUUUAUUUAUGAGGAAGUCUUUCCUGUUUCUUUUGACGGACGACUUGUGCCCUUUAAGAGGGGGAUGCACCUGUAAAUCAAACUGAUCCAUGCAACAGAAAGACGAGAUACAGUCCCACAGCGGAGGCAGAUGUGGGAGUGGAACUAACGCUUCUGUGUUCCGCUUGACCGUGAGGGUAUUGCACCUCUCGUCUCUGCUCCUCCUCUGUGUGUAUGUGUCUGGAAGUCAACACCUUUCACUGUGGGUCCGAAUGAGGACAGCCGAGAAAGAACGACAUUCCGCUCUGUUGAAACUUUACUGCUUUAUUGUUGCUAUAAAUCUGAAAAACUUGCUAGUUUUACCAAGUGAAUGUUUAACAAAACAAAACAACAACUGUGUGCUUGAUAGCUUCGGUCUCUGUCUGCCCUGUGUGCUUCCACAGUAUGUGUGAAACAAGAGAGGAAAAAAAUCAAUGGUUUGGCUGGUGGGAUGUCAGAGGGGUUGACCUUCUGGUUCACGUAUGCAAUAUGUUCAGGCUGAAGUCGGCAGCAGACAUACUUUUAUCUUCCCGCCUGGAGUCAGGGGUUAGGAUGCACUAAACGCUUUAUGCAGUUACAGUAGCCUGUGCAUCAGUUUGCGAGUCCUGUAUGGGUGGCCAAAGGUUUAUACCAUGCUUUCUCUGUCGUCUUGAAACAUAGCCAUAAAAUACACAAACAUCUGUGAGACCUGUUAGAUCAUAAUAGUCUGUACCGAGCCUUAAGUGUGGGUAAUGAUAAGGUCUUGCACUAAGUUGCGAGUUAAUACUUAGCUAUUGAGGGUUUUUAUCUGCAUAUUGCAAUACAGUGGGCCACUGCUGCUGGAAGCUAAUGUAAUCAUAUGACAGGCUCAUUAAGCCUCUUCAACAUGAACAGUCACACGCAGACUUGUCAGUGAGCAGUGGAAACUGUGUCCGCAGGGUUAGAACAUGGAGAGUUUAAAUGUUAACACAAUGUCAGGAGAUCCCAUGAAAAAGAAAGUUAAUCAGUUUCUCAGUACUUUCUGACUUCACUAUAUAAGCCUGUUGGUUUUUAGAGGAUUCGUAGAGCUGCUCUAAUCAGUAUUUUUAAAAUAACAAUGGGUCAAAUGACUAAUGUUAUGUGAAAGGUGUUGCUAGAGAAACCAACUGGCAGUUAUCACUUGACUAUGCAGUUACCACCAUCAGCUUAGAGUAGCAUUUUAAAAUUAUUUGAGAAAUUGUAUUAUAAUCUUUAACUUAAGAGCCUCAUUUCCAGUAUUUAGUUUCUAAUACACACACUUGCAGUUUAAGGUCGGUGUACAGUUCAGAAAACCCACUGACACCCACACACAUCUGGGUUUUGUCUGCAGUGGGAAUGCAAUCAGCGUUGAGUCAUAGGUCACAUGACUCUGCAGUUGACACAGGUUUUUAUCAGCUCUGUGUGAAAGUGAUGGAAACUUAACACCCAGGUGAACGUGACAAUUUGUGACGACAGUUAUGGUGCUUGACGUUGCACAUGAAAAAAAAACAGAAAGGCAAACUCCUUAACUGGAUUCAAUUGUCUUUUUGUAGCGGGUUUACCCACAUUUAGAUAAACAAAACACGUAUUCCCGCUAAUUAUGGUGUUAAAGAGGUAUCACAUAGGAUUGACUCAAAUAUUGUAGCUCUAUAGGACAGAUGAAACAGAUCAGGUUUUGCCUACAUCAAGAGUAAAGGAUAAAUUUGUUGUUGUUUUUUGUCUUUUCAUGGGAUUUUUUGACAAUAAGUAAACAUACAAGGACCAGCACCACAUUUAUCCUUCUACCACUAAGAGGAUAAGCAAGGUUUAGAACAAAACAGGUAUCAGGAUAUUGUGUGAAAUGAAUGAUGGGAUCAUUCAUCAGUUGCUGAAAAUCCAACAUCUCAUUGUGUUAACUGUCAGAAAGUAUUUGUAAAUUUAAUUUGGCUUGAGGUUUGGACUCACUCCAUACAGGCGAACGAACAACACUGACCUACAAAAGCCAAAAGAUUGAUUUUUUGUUUAUGCAUCCUUGUCCCUAUGUGCGGCUUCAAGCUCUUUAAGCUGUGCUGAAAUACUAUCUAUGUAACGACUACUGAAAAUGAACAUGUGAAAAUAUUAUGAAACGAUAUGUGUUUGUCUUAAGAAAUAAAACAAGUACUGUAUGUAUUUUAUUUUGUAAAAACCAAGGAACUGGACGAUGUUUUCGAUGAGUGUUAAAGUAUUUAUUCUUUUUUUUUUACUGUUGUGUAUUUAGCAGACUGAAGCUUCUUAGUUUCCCCCAUUUAUGAAUUAUUUACCAAAAUCCUCUUCAACACACAAGAAGCUUUAUGUUUAAAUUUCAGACCAGUGACGUGUCCAUAAUCAUCCAAGUCGUAAUCCAGCCUCACCACACUGUCCUCCAGUGCCCUCUCUGUGAUAAGAAAAGUCCGUGGCUGUAGCUGUUCGCAGGUCAGAGGAUCCAACAGCAGCGUUUGACCCAUUUUAUUCUUUGUGGUUUGAUCCGAUGUGUCACAUGAGGUCAGGGCACAUUACAGUUCACGCUGUGGUGGGGUUGGCCACACACAACACUCGUGUAGGCCGAUGAUUCAGGGAGAAAAGAAGACAACAGCCUUGAUAACCGGUCUGCCGGAAAAAGCUCUGAGUCCAAAACUGAUAAGCUAUCUCUCUUUAUGAUUGCUCAAGUUAUUUUAUUGACCCUUGUGCACCGAGCACCUUAUCCAAUCUGCAUAUAGACUUUCCCCCUUUGUCCGAUAACGAGGCUCAAAAAAUAUAUAUGCCUGAUUUAGACUUAAUAAAAACAAAUAUCUAGUGGAAUUUCAGGGUUUACUUCAUCAUGUUUAUUAUUAUUAUUAUUAUUUUCAUGACUAUUCUGUCUUAAUCAGGCUGGAGACUUAGGAGUGAGGAGGUAAACAUUUAUGUCCUGAUUUAACUUGAAGCCUCGGUCAGGCGAGCCUAAGCAGACACUGGAUAGUCAGGCACUAUGUAGGAAAUCUACAGAAUAAAUGAUUUAACACUAUGGCUCUAAUAUUCAGGCAUCAUAUGUUUUCUCUGCCCCAUGAAACCUGUGAACACUUUAUUACUUUCUGCUUUAUGGUUCUGUGCUUCUUGGAUGUUUGGCCUGUGGAGUCUGAUUUGGAGGUGAAUGAUUUCCUUUAACGGGAGACAAUAAAAUAUUCAAUCAGACAUUAGACAUACAAAAUCUCUUUCAGAAGCUGGUUUUACUAUUUAUGUUGAGAUUAAAGUUUGCUUUAUGUUUUUGCUAAAACCCAAUGGAUAUCAGUGGUGAUAGUCAAGAUGACUUGAAAUCCCAGAAAGAAAGAAACAGUGUGUGUCCCCCUUAAAACUCUUUCAAUGUGUUGCUCCAAUAGUCUUCAUACACAGGGGAAGGGUCAUACCAUUGUUAGUUAUAGGGUUGCACUCAACAAAUUGAAGGUUAACCCUCUAUUGCGUGGAUUUGUACUUAACCAAGUACAUUUUUGUUUGGUCUUUUAUUCCCUGAAGGUGCUUAAGUAAUGGAAAUAGAUUAAUUCAAAUGUGUUGCUGUUCUGCAACAAUGUGCAUGAUGGAAAUAACCAUAAUACCAAGUACCAGAUGUAUUUUUUUCUUUUUGAACUUGAUAAAUCCAUGUUUAGUCAAAUGCAGUACUCAAUAUAAUAAAUGUAAUAUGACACAUGUUACAUGAUUUUCUUGAGCAAAAACAAAUUAAUUUCUUUAUCGACAUUGAUUACAUAUUGCUGCUUUUCAGUAAAAUUGAAAUAAAAUAUUUUUUUGCCAACACUA